CUCUCUCCUCUUUUUUUUCCUGAAGUGCUGCAGCGAGAGGACUGCACCGGGGGAAAAAAAAAAGAAAAAUUCAUUGUCGUGCUGCAAUUGCAAUUAGACAACACAUCUGAUCCCAUUCUGCACGUGUAAAGAAAAGAAAAAGGAAAGAAGCACACACAAGAUUGUUUUUCGGGGGUCUGAUGCAAUGGGUUUCCAUCAGCUCAGCCCACUCCUCUCGCCAUAAAUGACGCCAGGCCAAUGAUUGCCACAGCCAUUGUGGGUUAUCUCCCGUGGUGACUGCAGCCUCAAGAGUUUCCUUCCCUGCUGCAUCUUCAGACCCACCGAUCUCACCAUUCCUACAAUCCUCCCGUCAGCGUUCAUUCACCUCUCUUGCCCCUCUCCCCCUUUUCUUCUUCUCCUGAGUAUCUACUGAGGCCCUGUGAUAACCUACCUGCGGAGUCAAAAUGGAGGACACUUACAAUAACAGGACUUCUCUGGUUAAGGGGGCCAAGGACAUAGUCAAGGAGGCCAAGCGGCAUGCGACGAAGAAAGUAGGCAAGGCGGUGAACCGCGCAACAGAUGAGUACUCGUCCCACCGCAACUACAGCCGAUUCCAAGACGAGGAGGAUGAGGAUGAGGAUUUCUACAAGAACCCGCCGCGGCAGGAUGGAGGGGGCGACAACGAGGAGGGCUCCAGCGAUGCCACAGAGGGCCACGACGAUGAGGACGAGAUCUACGAGGGCGAGUACCAGGGGAUCCCCUCAGCAGGAGACAGUAAGCAUAAGGACGGCCAGGUGGCGCUGGGGCAGCCGGUGUCGGAUGCCACAAGGGACCGUAAGGAGCUGGAGCAGGAGAGGCAGGCUGAUGAGGAGGAGCUGGCCCAACAGUACGAGCUCAUCAUCCAGGAGUGUGGCCACGGGAGGUUCCAGUGGCAGCUGUUCCUGGUACUCGGGCUGGCACUCAUGUCAGACGGCGUGGAGGUGUUUGUGGUGGGCUUCGUGCUGCCCAGUGCAGAGACAGACAUGUGUGUACCCAACUCCAGCUCCGGAUGGCUAGGCAGUGUUGUUUACUUGGGGAUGAUGGUUGGCGCGCUCUUCUGGGGAGGGAUGUCUGACAAAGUUGGCCGCAGACAGAUUCUCCUCAUUUGCAUGUCCACAAACGGCUUCUUCGCCUUCCUGUCGUCUUUUGUCCAGGGAUACGGCCUGUUCCUCCUUUGCCGUCUCGCCGCAGGCUUCGGGAUAGGAGGUGCCGUGCCGAUCGUCUUCUCCUUCUUUGCAGAGGUGUUGUCCAGGGAGAAAAGAGGAGAGCACCUCAGCUGGUUGUGUAUGUUCUGGAUGAUUGGAGAGAUCUAUGCAUCUGCUAUGGCCUGGGCCAUCAUACCACACUACGGUUGGAGCUUCAGCAUGGGCUCAGCGUACCAGUUUCACAGUUGGAGGGUGUUUGUGGUCGUCUGCGCUCUCCCCUGUGUGUGUGCUGUGGUGGCUCUUACCUUCAUGCCUGAAAGCCCCAGAUUCUACCUCGAGGUGGGGAAGCACGAUGAAGCCUGGAUGAUCCUCAAACAGAUCCACGACACCAACAUGAGAGCGCGUGGGCAGCCGGAGAAAGUCUUCACCGUAAACAGGAUCAAGAUCCCCAAACAGUUGGAUGAACUGGUUGAAAUGCAAUCCGAGUCUGGCAACCCAGUAUCCAAGUUUUUCUUUCGGAUAAAGGCUGAAACACAGGGGAUCUAUCAUAACCUCAUGAAGUGCUUCAACUACCCAAUGCGAGAAAACAUGAUGCGUCUUGCCACGGUGUGGUUCACACUGUCAUUUGGGUAUUAUGGGCUGUCAGUCUGGUUCCCUGACGUCAUCAAACACCUUCAGGCAGAUGACUACGCCUCCAAAGUGAAGAUCCACAACAAUGAACGCAUCGAGGACUUCACCUUCAACUUCACCCUGGAGAACCAGAUACACAAAAAUGGCGUCUUUAUUAACGACCGAUUCAUCAAUAUGAAGCUAAGGUCCGUCACCUUCAUUGACUCUACUUUUCGUAACUGCUACUUCGAUGACGUGUCAUCAGUGGGCUCCUUUUUCCGCAACUGUACUUUCAUUGAUACUUUCUUCUUCAACACAGACAUCUAUGAGUCCAAGUUGAUAGACGGCACAGAGGUGAUCAACAGCACCUUCACCCACAACAAGACAGGCUGUCAGAUGACUUUUGAUGACGACUACAGCGCCUACUGGGUUUACUUCAUCAACUUCCUCGGGACCCUGGCUGUUCUGCCCGGCAACAUCGUGUCCGCCCUUCUCAUGGACAAAAUUGGCCGACUGUCCAUGUUAGGUGGUUCCAUGGUGCUGUCGGGCAUCAGCUGUUUCUUCUUGUGGUUCGGCACCAGUGAGUCCAUGAUGAUUUUCAUGUUGUGCCUUUACAACGGCCUGAGCAUCUCUGCCUGGAACUCCCUGGAUGUGGUCACUACUGAGUCAUUCCCUACUGCCAGGAGGGGAACAGGCUUCGGGUUCUGCAACGCUCUGUGUAAGCUCGCCGCCGUCAUGGGGAACCUGAUUUUCGGUUCACUCGUCGGCAUCACCAAGGCCAUCCCCAUCCUCAUGGCCUCGUCCGUGCUCGUCGGUGGAGGCCUGGUCGCACUCAGGUUGCCUGACACCAGGGAAAAUGUUCUCAUGUAACACCGGCCUGGCGUUCAACAGCAUAAAAAAACCUGGAUCAAACCUGGCUGAGUCCGAGAGGACGCUCAGGCAGCGUUGGGUAAGAAGUGCAAAUUGCUUGGUUCACACAUAUCUAUUCCUUUUUGCCAAUGUUACCUCAGUGAAGCCACCCGUUCACAGUGUAAUCAUACAAGUUAAACUCCUUCGAUUCAGUGUAAGUUAAUAAUAAGCUCAGUCAUUUUGUGAAUGUACUAUCUGGGAGUUUGCACAGGUUUUGGCUCAGAGACUUUGUUGGAGUUUCAGUUUCAGUGACUCUUUGCACCUUCCAGCUGCAGCCGUGAGUCACUGCUUGGUUAAACCUCAAGGCUUUUAAUAUUGAUACGGUCUUAUUAAGACGAGCCAGAUGGGGAGACAAGUGAAAAACAAGCUGUAAUGAGCACAGCCAACCUGCUGCUUGACAACAUCAGGAAUAGAUGAUCAGACAGAGCAGACACACGACACACCGGUAUGACAGCUGGCUUGCCCACAGGACCCACAUGCACAGGUCUUGUUGCAGACAGUGUGCAGAAAGUCCCUGUGCUUGAAGACAUAAAAAUCCACACAUAUAUCUGAGAUGCAAAUACAUAUCUUAAAAUAGACCGAUACUGUACAUAUACCGUAUAUCAUAAUACAGACACAACACUGCAUUUGGGUCAAUGUGACAUUUGCUCAGACGUCUGCAAACUUUUCAGAGUUAAUGAUCGUAGGACACCAAGCCCUUUGCAUUUCCUACCCAGCCGAGAAUCAAUAAGGCCAUAAUGAAAAACUGUAUUUUCUUGUACCAAUAAUUGUCUAGUAUGUUCAAUCUGAGGAUGUUUGUAUUAUUUUCUGCUUUGUUAUUGUAAAAGUUGGAAUUCUACAGAUUUUAUCCAAGUGUUGUUAGUGUGGGUCGUCUCUCAAGUGUGUAUUAUUUGUACAAAGGCUCUCUGAUGAGCUCUCCCUCUGAGUUUCGUUAGCUUUGUGUUGGAUCUUGCUCGUGGCAGUGGCAUUCACAUGUCAUGCCAUGCUGCUUCCUUUUUAAAAAUACUGAAUGGCCUUUUUUAAAUGUGCCUCUCCUUAACUGGAGCAGUCUGCCCAUAGUCAUGUGGUGUCCCGGGGGACACGAGGAUCAGACAGAAACUGCAAAACAGAAGUGAAUAGAUCAAAUACUCAUGGGAGAUUUGUGAUUAUGUGUGGAAUGAGUUAGGGUGUGAACCUCUUCUCCUUUAUUAGUCUUCCCCUUUUUUUUAUAAAGCUUUUAUUUCUGUGGGGAAAACCUCCUCCUCUCAUGAAGAAAAAAAUCAGUUGUUACGAAUAGUGACAGCGUAUGCUAAUAUGAUCAGAUGGUGUAAGUUACCAACGCAAGACUAUAAAGUAAUAAUGUAAAUAACAAUCAGGGCCUCUUUGUGCCGCCCAUGAUGAAAGUGUCUCCUAAGGAAACAUUGGCUUUUUUUUAUGAUUUUGUGUCUUAUUCAAAUCAUCUGGGCAAAAAUCGGCCCAAAAUCAGUUUCAAUAAUUGUUGAGAACAAACUCAAAACUUGAUGAUUAAUUAGAUUUUUAAAUAGGGAAAACAUUUUUUUUAACUUGCCAUAAUCGAACAAUUGAAAACAUGAUCUACCUUGACCUGAUGUAUCCUGUCUUUCAACAUUGGAGCCUCAAUUCAUCAUAGAGAAUAUCAAAGGGGGUGAAGUGUUAAAAUACCUCUAAAUAUUUAGAAAUCAAAUAGAUAUAAACAGUUGAGACUGUUGAGGUACUUGCAGUCUUGUUUAUUUUGUCCUUGGGGGUUUGUAUUUUCUGUGGCUAAUAGCUGAAUAGAGUUCUCCUGUGUUUCUGUGUUAUUGCAGCAUAGAGGUAGUUUCUUGCUCUGCAAACGGCUCUCGAGACUAUUCCAAAAAAAAAAAAGCUUCCAAACUGGUACUGUACACGUGCAUCAAUUUCCAUAAACCUAUUGUUUUCACAGAUUUUCAGUUGGAAACACAUAAUGAGGUGUGCUGCUAUUGUGCGAUAGAUAUUUUGGACCAUAUGUCCUAUUUUUGAAACUAAAGUAUGACAUACGUAUAUUAAAUGAAUGCACUGAUGUCAAAAGCAAUGACUUUUGCCCAGCGUCACUGCAGUGAAGUACUGAUCUGUAUGUUUCCCGGCUGGUCUACCUUUUGUGUUACAGUAUACUGGGGAGAAUUCAUGUUACUUGUUAUGUUUGAGGUAUUUGGGGGUUUUCUUUCUCUAUGUACUGUAUUUAUGUGUGUUUAUGCGAGGGUGUGUAAGAAUGAGAAAGCGAGGGUCCUGUAUGUGUGUGUGGAUGCACGAGUAUAAAUAUUAUGUACAUAUCAAAGCUGAUAUUGGUGAAGUUCUGGGUUAAAUGUGUAUAAAAUCCUUGAUCGACUCCUGCUCUGUCCAAGCGACAAAUACAUCUCCUGUAUCUCUGUUGUACAUCUCUGUGUGUCCUUGGCUUAAGUCCCUUCUCACCUGCUACUUUGCGUGUGUGUGCGCGUGUGUGUGCACCAACUUGCAUGUAUGUAAGAAAACUUCCAUUAUUUUGUGGUCAACUUUGCGUUCUUACUGUAAACUUCUUCUGGCAGAAAAUGAUGGCAAUAUUAAGAGUUUUGUUGAAGAAAAUGUGAAUGUAUCACUCUGUUGAUCCAUUUUAUGGAGGUAAUUAAGUGUAUGUGGAGAAUACAGUUGUGUGUUUUAUUGUAUGCCAGUCAUAGGAUGACUGAGCUGUGUGUUCAGAGAUCCGUAAGUGUGGAAAGAUGUGAAGAAAUAUUUGCCAAAUGAUGCUCUGUGAAUAAUGUUUAAAACUGGAAAGGCAGGGAUUGCAGACUGUGCUGCAUAUAUACAAUAAUAUAUAUACAAUAAAAGCUAUGUUCUCUAGCAAAA